AGGGAACAAGAACCAGGGUCGGAAAUGAGAAUACAGUGGGAGGGAGAUUACCACGGUAAGGAUGAAAAAACUGAAUCCAGCAAGUGUGGAAUCCCGAUGGAUGUAGCAGUCGACCGGAAGAAAGCAUGAAUGGAGACACCGCAGGAUGCCUCAAAGAAUGACGCUUUGGGAGAACAGGCCCCGUGUGAUCUUGCCGCCAAACGAAAUAGACAAUAGGGUAGAAAUAUGUAUGCCGACAAGGAAUGGGGUCAGCAACCCGGUAAUGGACUGGGUGGGAAUAAAGUUGGUGGAAGAUGGAGUGUAUGUAGUGGUGGAAUCGGAAUGGCGUGCGAGAGGUGAGUUCGGGGGCAUAAACUUGGAUCUGCCAAGACGCGUACAUGUCAUGGGUUCGCUGUACUUAUCUGGAGAAGGGUGGCGCACCUUCGGAAUCACUUUGGCAUCUGGGGGCGACCCCGUGCGAAUGCUUGAGCGGGUUUGGCAAAUAACCUGGCGAGAGGGGUUCGAAUUCGAGGAUCCGGAGCGGGAGGACGUAACGGUUGAACUGUUGCUGAAUGCCCGAGAUAGACCCUUCACGACCAUUCAUACCCCGGUAGGCCAACUACAAAUGCAAGUGACUCCUAUGGGUUUCACGAAUGCGGUGGCGGAAGCGCAAAGGAGAAUGCUCGCAGUUGCAGGAGACAUGUUCCCUGCAAAAUGUGAACCUUAUAUUGACGAUAAUCCGAUCAAAGGCGCACGGGACAAGGAUGAAACGGAAAUUCAGCCUGACAUACAAAGAUUUGUAUGGGAUCACUUGCAGAAUAUCAAAGAGCUUCUCCGCAGGUUCCUGGUGUAUAACAUCACUGCCAAUGGUCCCAAGAGUAUCCUGGAGGUUCUAGAACUGACCAUCUUGGGGUUUCGUUGCGGGUCAUAUGGAAGGAAGCCCGACCCGACCAAGACAAAUAAAAUCUCUAAAUGGCCAACACCUCUACGUACCACAACGGAAGUGAGAGUCUUCCUAGGCGUCGUAGGGUUUAGGAUAAUUUUCAUCAAAGGUUUUGCUAAGAUAGCAGAGCCCAUUUUGGCCAUGAUCCUGGAGAAGGAUACAUUAGACUUGACGGAGGAUCAAGAAGCCGUUGUCCAGAUCCUGAAAGACAUACGAACAUCUGAGCAGGUCACCCUUGUCGCUUCAUGCUUUAACGAUGAGAUCGAGCGCAUAGCCGACCUUAGAAAUAGGGUUGGUGGCUUGAGCAAGGUAUGCAUUACACCAAGAGUAGAGGACGCGGAACCUAUCGAUGCGUUUCUCUACUAUGAGGGAGGGACCCUUGUGGCAGAUAACGAGAUGGAAGAGCUUGCCUACACAUCCGGGGAAUUGUUGAUUAAGGCACUGGAGAGAGAGUCUCCUGCAGUAGUGGCAGAACUAAGGGAAGGAGCUGUCACAAGGACCAGUUGUAAGGAAAAGAGGGACUCGUGGGGGGACAUUGUGGGGCCUCAGGAAGAGUUAAUGGCAAUGGUUGUAGAAGGGGUACGGGAAGCGGUUACGAGUCUGGCUGAGUCAUGGAAACAGAAGCGGCAUCAAGACUUAGUGAACCAAGUACAAAACGGGCAGGAGGAUCGCCGGGAUCGGAAGGAAUUCUUACUCAUUCGGAUGUACGAUAGGAUCUUCAAGGAGAUCGGUCUAUUACUGGUAGGGAGCAAGAAGGCUGAGGUGGCCAGUCGUAAGGCAAGGGAGGAGGUCGAUAAGUAGGUAUUGACAAAUGGGGACCUAUUCAUGAAAGAGGAAGGACUAAUACCUAGAAGGGUUGUGUGGGGACGAUUAAAGCAAGUGGACAUA